AUGGUUGAACUCACAUUGUUCCGUUGCCAGAUCUCGGUACGCGUCUCAGACCCUAUCCCCGUCGUUAAAGAUAUGUUCGAUAUCCUGUGCGAAAAUUUACCGGAAGAUCACUUUGAAAGAGACGUUCAGAAUCUACUAAAAAAUGGUGGAGGACAUCCUGUCACUCAAGGAGGAAGAAAAAAGGCAAGUCAGACUGAAGAAUGA